AUGUGCUGCUGUCAUUUGUGUGUUGCUUCCGUUUGCUGCUGCAGCAACAGCAGCAGCAGAUACCCCUCAUGGUGGGGAGACGGUGACGAGCCGCAAGAAGGGGAGGAGGAAGAGCAGCAGCAGCAGCAGCAGCAGCAGCAGUUCGAGUGCACUGUGUUACCAGUGUCUUUGCCCCUUCAAGGGCAGCAGCAGCUGCAGCAGCAGACGGAGCAGCAAGACCAGCAGCAGCAGCAGCAGCAAGAUGAGGAGAUACAACAGCAGAUGAAGUCGCUGCAGCAGCAGCAGAGGGAGCUAGAGCAGCAGAAGAAGAAGCUUGAGCAGCAAAUCCGUCAGCAGCAGCAGCAGCAGCAGCAGCAACUCGCGGUGCUUCCGCAGCAAGAGCAGCAGCCUCAACGACGGGAGCAGCGGCGGCGUCAGCAACGGCCGCAGCAGCAGCAACAGCAGCAGCAGCAGCAGCAGCAGCGGGCUCCCUUGGAUGAUGAGGAGGCAGAUGUAUUGGCGCGGCGUCUUGUGCAGCAGCUGCUGCACCAGCAGGCCAAUCCGCAGCAGCAAACGAAGCAGCAGCAGCAGCAGCAGCUGUUGCAGCAGCAGCGUCGGCUGCUACGGCAGCGCAACCUGCAACCAGGAACAGCAGCAGAUGCAGCAGCAGCAGCAGCAGCAGCAAGAAAAAAUGUAUCAGGCUUUUUUGCUGAUAGGGAAGCAGCAGAACAAGUCUUUGUGUCUUCCUUAAGACCAGAUAGUCAUUAUAUUCCUGCUGCUGCUGCUGCUGCUGCUGCUGCUAGGUCCUCUGCUGCUGCUGCAGCAGCAGCAGCAGCAGGCAACAGGAGACAUUUACGAACCCUUGGAAACUACGGCAGCAGCGGCAGACUGCAGCAGCUUGCUGCUUCUGCUGCUGCUGAUGGCAGCAGCAGCAGCAGCAGCAACCUGCAGAAAGCUUUCUUAAGAACACAAGGGCUGCUGCUGCGGCAGCAGAUGAAGCAGCAGCUGCUGGUUGAGCAGCACCUAUUGAGGCAGCAGCAGCAGCAGCAGCAGCAGCAGCAACAGCAGAUGCAGCAACAGCAGAUGCAGCAACAGUUUCUUGCGCUGCAACAACAACUACAGCAACAGCAGCGACAGCAGCAGCAGCAACAGCAGCAAUACACGGGCAUCACGACUACCGUACAGCCACAGCUGCAGCAGCAGCAGCAGCAAAGACAUCAGCAGCUGCAGCAGCAGCAGAGGCAAGUAGAAAAGAUGAAGCAGCAGCAGCAGUUCCUGCAGCAGCAAUUUGAAGAUGCACUCAUGCAGGAAGGAGCCACAGAUGACAGCAGCAGCAGCAGCAGUAGCAGCAGCAGCAGCAGCAGUAGCAGCAGCAGCAGCGCAGUUCCCUCCCUGCUCACACCUGCAGAACACCGGGCCCCUCAUGCACACUCCAGCAGCAGUAGCAGCAGCAGCAGCAGCAGCAGCAGUUACUCCGAGCAUCCCCAACCUGCAAGUACUGCAGCAGCAGCAGCCGCUGCAGCUGCAGCAGCAGCAGCAGCAGCAGCAGACUUUGCCAGCUCUCCUGUCUUAGCAGCAAAUACCCCAAAAGUUGAUUUUUUUGCAGCACAGCCAUCGCCUGCAGCAACAGCAUCUGCUUCUUCUGCUGCAUCAGCAGCAACAGCAGCAGCAGCUGCUGCUGCUGCUGCUGCAGCAGCAGCAGCAGAAGCAGCAGCAGAGGCAGCAGCAAACUCCAGCGACUCCGAAACAGCAGCAGCAUCAUUAGAGCUUUGUGGGUCUCUUGCUGUCUCCCCAGACACCGUAAGUCUUGCACCUUGGCAGCAGCAGCAGCAACUGCAGCAGCAGCAGCAGCAGCAGCGUGUGUCUGCUGAAGCCUUGAUUGAUCAGUUUACUCUAGCGAGACCGGAGAAACACACGCUGCAGCAGCAGCAGCAGCAAGGAGCAGCAGCAGCAGCAGCAGCAGCAGGAGAGGAGCUUACGUCAGCAAUGCUUGAUGGCAUGCUAAAGCGUUUUGAUGCAGAAGUGCGCAGCAGCAACAGCAGCAGCAGCAGCAGCAGCAGCAGCAGCAGUUCGUUAGUAGAGCAGCAGCAGACCAAUGCAACAGCAGCAUCAGCAGACACCAGCAGCACAAUUGAUGGUUAUGCAUCUAUGAAUUGUUCUCUUUCCUUAGCAGCAGAGCAGCAAGCACUAUCUGCUGCUGCUGCUGCUGCAGCAGCAGCAGGAACAGCAACAGCAACACCAACACCAUCAAGUACGCCUACACAGGUUAAGGUCCCUAGGAGGCAUCUUGCUGCUGCUGCUGCAUCAGCAGCAAGUGGCUUCGACUGCAGCAGCAGCAACAGCAGCAACAGCAGCACACCGGACAGCAGCAGCGAGGUAAGCACAGCAGCAUUACUAGCAGGCAGCGAAAGGGAGAUACACCGCGCUCUUAUGCAGCAGCAGCAGCAGGAGGAGGAGCAGCACCAGCAGCAGCAGCAGCAAAGACACCCGCGUGCAUGCGCUUUUGAAAUACCCCUAGACUGA